UUAGGGUCGUGUGUCAUGUCUGAAACCGGGUAGCUGUCAGCAGAGGCCUCUUGGAACGUGCUGUCACUCGAUAUGGGCUCCGCAACACGGAGGACUGACAAACCUGGACUCUGGGGACGGCUGUCCUCUCAGCGAUGCUGUCCAGGCCUUCAGAGAGUACGAAAUACCUGAGUUUCUCCACUGGUGGAAACUACUCGACCUACGAAUUCACCGCAAUUCCAUUUCAUCUUUAUUUGGAACUUUGAAGUCAUAUUUACCGGUUAAGCCGGAAUCGAAGUUAAUAAUGCGGAUGUCCCUCACUUUAUGUACAGAUUUCGCUCUUUGGGACCUUUGAGGAGGCCGAGGCCACCCCCACCCCAUCUGUUUUUACUUUGUUUCCUCGCUUCCCGCCCUCAGCCAUGUCGUUCAGGAAGGAAUGGGACAAGUACCGUGAUGUGGAUGAGGACGAGCUCCUGAAAAAACUCUCAGAGGUGGAACUUCAGAAGCUCCAGGAUGAGCUGGAGGAGCUGGAUCCAGAUAAUGCGCUGUUGCCCGCUGGACUGCGGCAGAAGGACCAGACCGCGAAAGCUCCCACGGGGACAUUUCAGAGGGACAACCUGCUGGCCCACCUGGAGAAGGAGGCUAGGGAGCGCCCUGACAAGGAGGACCUGGUGCCCUUCACCGGCGAGAAGAGAGGGAAGGCCUGGGUGCCCAAGAUGAAGGCGGAGGAGCCCAUCGUGGAGAGCGUGACGCUGGAGCCGGAGCUGGAGGAAGCCCUGGCCAAUGCCAACGACGCCGAGCUCUGUGACAUCGCCGCUAUCCUGGGCAUGCACACCCUCAUGAGUAACCAGCAGUACUAUGAAGCCUUGGCUAGCAGCACCAUUGUCAACAAACACGGUCUCAACAGUGUGAUCCAGUGCACCCAAUAUAAACGGGUCCCCGACGAGCAGCCGAACUUGACAGACGUAGAGGAGACCCUGAAGAAGAUAAAGAGCAAUGACCCCAACCUGCUGGAGGUCAACCUCAACAACAUCAGGAACAUUCCCGUGCCCACACUCAAGGCCUAUGCUGAUGCUUUGAAGGGGAACGCAGUGGUACAGCGGCUGAGCAUCGUGGGAACCAGGAGCAACGAUUUGGUGGCUUAUGCCCUGGCGGACACGCUGAAGGCCAACACCACCCUGAAAAGUCUCAAUGUGGAGUCCAACUUCAUCACGGGGGCCGGAAUCCUGGCUCUGGUGGAGUCCCUGCAGUACAACACCUCCCUGCUGGAGCUGAAGAUCGACAACCAGAGCCAGCCAAUGGGAAACAAGGUGGAGAUGGAGAUCGCUAGCAUGCUGGAGAAAAACACCACGCUGCUGAAGUUCGGCUACCACUUCACCCAGCAGGGUCCACGGCUGCGCUGCUCCAACGCCAUGAUGAGCAACAACGACCAUGCUCGAGUGAUUCGCUCAGACUCAGAUGGCUCCUUCACCCUCACCCUGUCUGUGCCAGAGCUGGAGAAAGCUUUCAGAAAAAGGGUCAAGCCCAAGUCAAAGUUCAAUACGAAGGAGAAGGCUUGAAGGAGGACCAAUCUUCCCCAGAUGUCGGACAAACGUGUAGCUGACCCUGCCCCCGGGGUGGGGGUGGAGGAGGGAGGCCUGUGUGGACUACCCUAUCCCCCCCCAGCACUUCGCCACGACUACAUCCCCCAUCCCCACCCCCCUGGGGGGGUCAGAGUAGCCCCUCUGUCGACAAUGCAGCAGAGAGGCUGGAUCGGUUUGUCAAACAUGCAGGCAUGUGCAGCGUGGUGUGUGUGUGUGUGUGUGUGUGUGUGUACAUGCCAGCCCUAGGAGCCCCCCAGCCCCUAUUCCAAGUAAGCGUUACACCAUGUUUUCCUGCUGGUGUAUCAGGAAGACCCAUUACCUGAGAGACGAGUCCAUACAGUGUAGUUUCAGCGGGUGAGGACACCUCCUCCGGCGCCCUGUGUAGCCAUGUCUGAAAAUAGCACUCGUACCGCAAAGCCUCACCUCCGGUACGACGCGUCACCUUUGGAAUUGGUAACAUGUUGCAAUAGGGUGUAAUAUCGACAAAAUAUUGUGUUCAGGGUAUUGCAUGUAGUUAUCUUAAGAUAUGAAUAUACAAAUUACAUCAGUCAAACUCAGGUUAGGCAGGUUUGCUGCUUGCUCCCUUUGCUAGAUACUUGUAUGAAAAUGAACAUGUGGGAUGUGCACAUACAGAAUAUAUAGCCUUUUGUUAUGAAUUCUUUCACAGAAUCAAUUAUAAGCCUGAUGAUAAACAAGUUUGUUUGCAAACUAAUCCCCCGAAUGUAAAUUUGGAUUUAAAAUUUAGUCUUUGAAUUUGUUUAAA